GGCUCUGUACUGAGCAUUUGCAUUGUGUCUGAACUGCCGGUGAGCUUUAAAAACAUUCUAGCCUACCAACCGCGGCAAUGUCGGGCAGGUCGGUCCGAGCGGAGACCCGGAGCAGGGCAAAAGAUGACAUCAAGCGGGUUAUGGCCGCGAUUGAGAAAGUACGGAAAUGGGAGAAGAAAUGGGUGAUCGUAGGAGACACAUCCCUGAGGAUCUUCAAGUGGGUUCCAGUGACUGAGCCCAAAUCAGCAGAUGAUAAGAGUAAGAAGAAGGGGAAGGAUGAGAAGUAUGGGUCAGAAUUGACCACACCUGAGAACAGCUCUUCUCCUGGGAUGAUGGACAUGCAUGACGACAACAGUAACCAGAGUUCCAUCGCCGACUCCUCCCCCGUCAAACAGGAAACCAGCUGCAGCACUAGCCCCGCCCCUGAACCCUCUACCGUAUCCCACGGCGAUAGCAGUGAGGCCAAGAGCGACCAGAGCCCUGGCAGCAAGAGGACGAAGAGCAACCUGUCCACUGAGGGCUCAGAGAGAGGACAGGGGGACAAGAGAGACAGCAGACCGACAUCCUCAGGAGACAAGGACACCUCAGGAGACAAGGACACCUCAGGAGACAAGGACACCUCAGGAGACAAGGACACCUCAGGAGACAAGGACACCUCAGGAGACAAGGACACCUCAGGAGACAAGGACACCUCAGGAGACAAGGACACCUCAGACAGCUGCGAAGUCACUCAGGAACAGGAGGAAGAGGCUCCUCCCAGUAAGAAGAGCAUGCAGGAGUCUCCAUCUCAGGACUACUAGGAGAAAUAGACGUGCUGCAUCCUUUCUAUCUUCUUCCUCACCUCCCUUUCUUCCUCCCCUGUAGCCCCUAACACUCCUCCGAGCAGAGGGAGAAAGGACUUUGUCUCCCUCCACUAAGCCUUCUUCCUUCCUUCCCUCCUCCUCUUCUUCCACACUCACUCCCUCACUAAUGCCACGAGUAAUUCUAUGAACCAGCCUGUUAUCCCCUCCAUGGCCAGGGGUGGCGCUGUGAGCCCAGCUCUUCCCAGAAGAGAAACACUGACCUGCACCUGUGACACAAACCCACUGACAAUAUGGGACUUCACAUUCUACGCUGGCACCACACGCUAACAGAGUAGGAUGGAGUUUCCCCUAGACAGUGAUCUAAGGUUUAGUUUCUAUGUCCCCCCCCCCCCCGAUGGUUAAAAUUAGGAUGCAAGGGAAGGUAAACUGAUCCCAGAUCUGUAGCUCUCAUCUUCUAUCCCAGGAGCCACGUCAAACCUCCCCCUAACUCACCUUCGGUUGUUUAGGACAGUUUCCAGGUUGUUUAGUUUAGGGGUUGUUGUUUAGCCCAGGAGGGUCAAUGCGCUGUUAAGGUAUAAUGUCACAAAAACGGCACGCUAUGGUUUUACUGCUGCUGUGCUGGGUGUGGAUUUCUGUCAGUUUGUUAUUUUAGCUUUAUUUAACUUGCUUUUUUUUCCUAAAGGAAGAACAAGAGUGCUUCUGGUCACGUUUAUUUUUUCGCGAGGACAUGCUUGUAGGUUUUAUCGAAGGGUGUUCUUUGAUUAUUGUGGUAUAACGUACUUUGGUAGGUAAAACUGUUUUUAACUACUUUUUUAUUGUACCAUGUUUUUAUUUGCCUUACGGUUUUAACAUUGAGCUGACGCUAAUGAUUUUAUUCAGCAUUUACAUUCAACUAUAAACAGUUUCCGUUUCGCAUUGGUUACUGUUAGAAAGACAACAUGUACUGUACAAAACCGCAUUCUGCAAAUAUCUCGAAAGAAGAAUAGACUUUGAGGGAGUCAGCAGCUUCCCACGAGCCUGGGUGUCAGUCAGUUUCUCUUCCCAGCUUCUUUCCUGUCAAAAGGCAUGACGACUACAAAAGAGUUGAGGAGUUACACAGAAACAUGUGGGUGUCCGGGCUAAAUUCCCACUUGGUCAACAGCAAUGACCAUUUUUCUAUGAGUCUUCAUUGCCAUCGCGGUGGUUUAAAUGUAUUACUAUAUGUAUCACCUUUCAUAACCUCCCCUCAGUGUCCAGUCCGGCUUGUAGUUCAAACUGUGGCUCAGAUUCUCAUUCAAGGUGCUCAGAUCCUCAUUCAAGGUGCUCAGAUCCUCAUUCAAGGUGCUCUCUGUGGGUCGCAAACUAACUUCAGGAUCGAGGAAGGAACGCAUAUUCGCACAAAUCUGUCAACUCCACACACAAAAAAAAAAAUCAGCCUCAAACCUAUUUAUGUAUGUUUUUUUGUUCGGGUGACUUGAUCAAUCAAUAACCAUUGAUUUCCCCCCCCCCCCCCCCCCAUGUAGACAUGGGUAUCUCAAGAGCGUGAGCCUGUCUGACCGACUGUUUAUCAGCGGAUACACACAUCCAAACAUCAGUUCAAUAGAGAGAAAUGAAAUGACAUUUCAGUGGAGACAGAGGACUGCUUUAGCAUAUACCUCAUUUACAGUCCAGCAGAGCUGGUACUAGUGAUGCUAUGUAAUUGACAUGAGAAGUAUGUACAACAUUCCGUUUUUUAGAUAUCUUUUAUGUUUUAGCUUUCACUUGAUUCUGAUUGAACCGGUUAAUGCUUCUAGUUUAACUCAUAUGAACUGUGUAUAUAAAGAGCUGAGGAAACAUGUCAGAUGCUUGUUUUCUUGGGACCAUAUUGUUUCAGUUUAGAAUGAUCUUGUACAGGUUGAUGGUUUGGUUUGACUUAUUUAUUCCAUCGCUAGUGCUCAGAUUUGAUCAUGUCCAAUGGUUUUGUUUUAUUAAUAAAAAAGCCCCAAAAUA